AUGAGUGAUAACGUCCCUUAUUUAGAAGCUAUUCUAGUGGAUGAAGAAUAUUUAAACAGUGCUAAUACCGGUGAUAUAGAACUAUCGCAGUCUUUACAGCCUGUAUCACCGUCUUUGCCAUUGAAUCCUCAUGAGUCGAGAUGUACUAGUAUCGAUGAUGCCUUUGACACUCGAGAUCAAUACAAUUUGGGACAGAACGAGGAUGACAAAGAAGACGACGACGACAAAGAUGAAGAUGGUGAGAAAGGUGAUGCUGUGUGUCUUCAGGACAUGGAAGUUGUCCAGAAGGAUAGUGUCUUAAAUGACGACGUGGAAGACGAGGAGGAGGAGACUUUGUUGCGCUCGCAGCCUCAUAGCGCUAACACGGAAUCCAGUGCAACACCUGACCACCAUGCAGCGCUGAGAUCUCCGCCUCGAUCUAUAUCGUCACUUGGCAAUUUUGUUGUUGAUGAUGAGGAUAUGAUGGAGAUGAAUGCUCGAGAACAGGAGCUGCUAGUGAAUAUUCAAGAACUGCAGCGGCAAUUGUCAAUGGUGCAUAUCCAAACGGACAAACCGCAAGAAGAGAUUGUGCCGCCUAUGAUAGACGCAAGACGCCGAUUGAUUAUGGGGGGACUUGUGACGGCGUUAAAUGGUAUUCGAGACCACGUACCAUUUAUUUGGAUUGGAUGGCUUGGAGAGGAAAUUCCUCAUGAUGAACAGAGCAAAGUGCGUCAGAAACUGGCGAAAGAGUUCAACUGUGUGCCGGUGUUCUUGUCCAAAGAAAUAGCUGGACGGUACUACAAUGGUUUUAGCAAUGACAUUUUGUGGCCGAUCUUCCACUACGUACCGCUGCCGCUUUUCCGACCAGGAAUUGAAAAGAAAUUUGAUUUUCGACAAUGGGACGCGUACAAGCUGGCUAACAAGCGUUUUGCACAGGCCGUCAACCAAGUGUAUCGCGAAGGAGACUUCGUUUGGGUACAUGAUUACCACUUGAUGAUGCUGCCUUCCUUACUACGAUCGCGACACCCACAUUGUAAAAUGGGCUGUUUUCUUCACACGCCUUUUCCUACUGCUGAAAUGUAUCGAAUGCUGCCCGUGGGUCGAGAAAUAUUGGAAGGUCUUCUUGGAGCAGACUUGUUGGGCUUUCACACAUACGAUUACGCUCGCCAUUUUAUCGAUGCCUGCGCACGUGUGCCAGGUGCUUCUACUUCUCCAAAAGGUGUCGAACUUGGCAACCACUUUUCAGCAAUCGGUGUAUUCCCUAUUGGCAUUGACCCAGAACACUUUGAGGGUAUUUUAAACUCGGACGCUACACAAAAGCGUAUUCAGGAGCUCACUGUAAAGUUUGCUGGCUGUAAGAUUAUUAUUGGUGUUGAUCGCAUGGAUUAUAUUAAGGGUAUUCCACACAAACUGCUGGCAAUGGAACGUUUUCUUUCUCUGUACCCAGAACGAUGCAAGGAUGUGGUUCUUAUCCAGAUUGGUGUACCAUCUCGCACUGGUGUUCAAGAAUAUCAGCAUUUAGCAGCGAGCGUAAAUGAGAUGGUCGGCCGUAUCAAUGGAAGAUAUGGAACACUAACGCAUUCUCCUGUGCACUAUAUUCACCGUUCAGUCACUCCCAGUGAACUGGUAGCACUUUACAAUCUAGCCGAUGUUUGUCUCGUGACAUCCAUCCGUGACGGUAUGAAUCUUGUGAGCUAUGAAUAUGUGAUGUGUCAGAGUCAAUCGUGCGAACCCCAUCGUGUUGGACCAGGUGUUUUGAUCUUAAGUGAGUUUGCUGGCAGUGCUCAAUCGUUAUCAGGUGCAAUUCGUGUCAAUCCCUGGAAUACGACUGAUAUGGCAAAUGCGUUAGGAUAUGCAUUGGAAUUACCGCUUAUGGAACGAGAGUAUCGUCAAACGAAUCUACAUCGCUAUGUCAAGACACAUACUGCUAGCUUUUGGGGUAAGAGUUUUCUCUCUGAUUUAGAGGACGCAUUAAGUCAGUGA